AUGGAAUUUACUGAGUACGCUGUGGUUUGGUGGGACCAAAUCAAGAAGUCUAGAAGGAGAAAUGGUCUACCUGAGCUCGUUCCAUGGCCCGAGCUUCGAGCCAUGAUGCGCACCCGCUUUGUACCUGGACAUUACACUAGGGAUUUGUACCACCGAUUACAAACCUUAGUUCAGGGCAACCGGAGUGUGGAUGAGUACCACAAGGAGAUGGAGAUCCUAAUGCUUAGAGCGGAUGUACAGGAGGAUCCUGAAGCCACCAUGGCGAGAUUCUUGAGCGGGUUACGACCCGAUAUUGCUGAACGAGUGGAACUUCAACAUUAUAUGGAGUUGCAUGAGCUUGUAGACAAGGCUAUUAAGGUCGAGCAAAGGCUCAAGAGGAGGGGUACCACUCGAUCGAAUUUCGGCAAUACCACCUACUCUACCAACCGCCCAUUCCAAUCAAGAAAUGAUUCUCGGCCUUCACCAAAUGCUCAUACUCCAAAGCCGAGAUUCGAGGGAGGUAGAGGCCAUAUUGCUAGUCAAUGUCCCAAUCAAAGGACUAUGAUUAUGAUGCAAAAUGACGAGAUCGUGAGUGAGGAUGAAACCGAGUACGAAGGCAUGCCACCCCUUGAAGGAGGUAGUGAUGGUGAGUCACCAAAUGAAGAGGAGUUUAGUGCACCCGAGGGUCACUUUAGGACCGCCUUGGUUGCAAGGAGAGCAUUGACGGCACGUGUUAAGGAGGACGAGCUUCAACGGGAGAACAUUUUCUACACUAGGUGCUUCGUUAAUCAAGCACUUUGUAGUGUGAUUAUUGAUAGUGGGAGCUGUACAAAUGUGGCUAGUUCACUCAUGGUGGACAACUUGAAGCUGCCUACGAGGGAUCACCCGCGACCCUACAAACUCCAAUGGCUCAACAAUUCUGGGGAGGUUCGAGUAACCAAACAGGCUCUUAUAUCCUUUCAAAUUCAUAAAUAUACUGAUGAAGUAUUAUGUGAUGUAGUUCCUAUGCAGGCUAGUCACAUUAUACUAGGUAGGCCAUGGCAGUUUGACAGGCAGGAAUAUGCUGAUAUCUUUCCUGAUGACGUACCAAGUGGAUUACCACCGCUUAGAGGCAUUGAGCACCAAAUAGACUUCGUCCCUGGAGCGUCGUUGCCAAAUCGCCCAGCUUACAAGAGCAACCCGGAGGAAACUAAGGAGCUGCAAAGGCAAGUGGACGACUUGCUUGGCAAAGGAUGGGCACGUGAGAACUUAAGCCCGUGCGCUGUCCCAGUCAUUUUGGUGCCCAAGAAAGAUGGUACGUGGAGAAUGUGCACUGAUUGUAGAGCCGUAAAUGCCAUCACGGUAAAGUAUCGCCACCCUAUACCUCGCUUAGAUGACAUGCUUGAUGAGUUGCAUGGGGCUGUGUUCUUUACCAAAAUUGAUCUCAAAAGUGGGUACCAUCAAAUUAGGAUAAAGGAGGGGGACGAAUGGAAAACUGCCUUCAAAACUAAGUAUGGAUUGUAUGAGUAG